AUGCCAUUGCUGGGAUUCUUCCAAGGAUACAAUAACAGUAAAGAUGAGGACUAUUGGGUUCGAACUGGCAAAACAGAUAUCGACCGACUGGGUGAGAUUGUAACAUGGGCAAAUGUAACUUCUUUACCGGAUUACUGGUGGCCAACACCAUAUGCGAGAAGUAUACGAGGAUCAGGUAAAAGCAUGAAAUUCAAAGUACAUUGGCAUCAUUCAAAAGUUUUCUUUAGAUUCUGCUAGUU